AUGGCUCCCGACCUCCUCGACCUUGCCGACAUCGGCGACCUCUUCGGUGUAAGCCGACUCAUGAUAGCAGAAGCUAGCAAUAUCUCCUCCCCAAAUUCUACUCUCUCCUCCAACCAAAACCUCUUCAUUCCCAUAGCUUGCUCUUGUCACUCCAAUUUCAGUCGCUCCUAUGCCAACAUCACCUACACCUUCAAGCCGGGUAACACUUUCUAUCUACUCUCCACCGGUCGUCAGUUCCAGAACCUCACCACUUAUCAAGCCACCGAACUCGUCAAUCCCACUCUGAUCCCUACAAAUAUCUCCAUUGGUGCACAAGCUGUUUUCCCAAUCUUCUGCAAGUGCCCCAACAGAACCCAACGGCACAACAACAUCACUUACCUCAUCACCUAUGUUAUCCAACCUAACGAUACCUUUGCUUCAAUAGCACAGAAGUUUGGAUUGGAAACGCAGUCUUUAAUUGACAUAAAUGGAAAUACUACCAUCGAUCCUUACCUAACCAUCUUCCUUCCUGUGUCUCGACUUCCUGAACUCACACAGCCUUCUGUUAACGUUGCUUCUGUUCCUACUCCUGCAUCUCCUACACCUUCCAGCAGAAGUAUUAGUAGAAAGCACGUCAUUGUUGGGCUGGGGAUUGGGUUGGGAGUUUCGGGUUUUCUGUUACUUCUGUUGCUUUUGCUUUUAGGUGAAUGGGUUCGUCGAGACAGCUUGAAAAGGAGCAAUGAAAUGUUGGAAAAAGACMAGGAGAAGAAGAUGGGAUUUGGGCGAGCGGAGAUGUUGGAGGGAGAUGACAGUUUUGUUGCCAAUAUUAAGGAUUGCUUGGAUAAGUACAGGGUGUUUGGAAUUGAAGAAAUCGGAGAAGCGACUGCGAGGUUCGAUCCUGGUCAAGUGAUUCAGGGUUCUGUGUAUAAAGGGUGCAUCGGACGAGAAGUCUAUGCCAUUAAGAAAAUGAAGUGGGAUGCCUUGGAGGAGUUGAAAAUUUUACAGAAGGUAAGAUUUGUAGCCUCUUUACUCUUACAGUGUAGUUUUAGUUUAACAGAAAAUGGUUAA